AGUACCUGCAGUGUAUUUUGUAGCUUCUGCAGAUCAGGGUAAUGUCGAUCAUGAAGGAGGUUAGCUCUGAACAAUGACUACUCCGAGACAACCAGCCAAUAGUCAUGAACUGAAGGAAUUUGACAGUGUAAAGGAGUCCAUCACUGACAUCAUUAACCAGCUGCAGGACAUUGACCCCAGCCGCCUGUCCUUCUCUCCGUUCUUGGACCUAGACACCCAGAUUACAUUGGCACCCAUCUCUGAUAGCCCAGAAUCAUCUGUGGAAGAACUGCAUUCACUAUCUGAUGAAAACAUUGAUCACUUAACUGAACCGGCUCCAAAAGCCAAGAGACUUCAGUUCAACGAAGCCCACCAGAAGAUCACAAAACAACAGAGCACACCGAGUGAUGGGCGUUUGAACAUGAUUAAAGCAGAACUGGUGAGAAACCACACCUUUCCAUACACUGAAAAUAAACACAAGCAUCCGGACAAUGUGUCAGUAGACGUCACCAGAGAAACUUCAACAUUGCCCGAUGAGAAGGUGUCUUUUUCUGAGCCAUCAUUGCCAGGUGAAGCUGGAACCAUUCCCCCACAGAACUUCAAUACCAAGGUAGGGGUAGAGAACACUGCAAUGCUGGAGAAGGCACACAAGUUCACCAACCAGGCUUCAGAAGACCAGCCACUGCUGGGCCCAGCGCCAGAUGCUGAGACCAUUGAACUGAUUUCCAGUGAUUCGGAGCGCAAUGCCUCUGCGGAAUCAUCGCAAAAGGAGACGGCCACUGGGGCAAGUGGAGGCCGGAAAUGCUGUCCCUGCUGCCAGUACUGCUCCGCUUCGCACCUUAAAGCCAUAUCAUCCGUCUUUGUUGCUCUGCUGUUUAUUCCAUGGAUCCUCUAUGGUCUUUACUCGUUUGUGCCCUUUGAUCCCCCACCCUGUCCAGACCUAACUAGCCGAAUGACAUAUACACUGCGCUGCAACAUAAUUGCAGUCACUCCGGUCUUACUCGGUGUUGUGAUAGGUUCUCUGUCCCGGCUUUGCUCUACUGCCAUCGAUCCCUUGGACACUAAUGUUCGUGCUGUUCUUAUUCAUCAGAGAUAUGUUGGCAAUUCCAUUGAACAGUUUAUAAUCUACUUUAUCAACAUGGCUGUUAUGGCAACCUACCUUCAUCAGGAGCACCUGAAGAUCAUUCUAUUAUCUGGGCUCUUUGCAGUGGCAAGGUUGCUAUAUUGGAUUACAGCUGGAUUGAGCAGUGCCUAUCGUGGAUUUGGAUUUGGGCUGACAUUUUUCCCAACCUUGGCGAUGCUGGCCUACAAUUGCUACUGCAUGUAUGAACUGGGAUUAGAUCACUACUUUAUCCCACCUGAGAGAGGAGGGCCAACACGAGCUCCUGCACCAAGACUGAGAUGGUGGGGCCUCGGGGGUUGAAUGCUCCAGGGCAGACAAUUUACACCUCAUCCUGGAGGAUUAGAUUAGUAUAUUAUGUGAACACGAGCAUACAGAGAAUGCUGAGAAAUGAUAGCACUAUUAGUUUUUGAGAUUUGCUCAUUGGAGUUUAAAUUAUGAAUAUCAGAUAGAUUGCAGUGUUGUGACUACCUUAACAAGAAUUCAGCUUACCUGGAGUUCGGACUCCCCUAUAUACUUUUAGCUGACAAUAAGAGAUGAUUGAUCUUUGUCCAUACAUGUUUUGUGCCUGUCUAAACAUAAAACUAAUUCCCUCUUUUGUUUAAUUCAGUUCAAGUUUUACGGUUUUCUUGAACAUCCUUCACAUCCCACAACUGGAGCCACUUAAAUGCUUAAGGACAUUUAUGAUUGACAAAUAAGCUAAGGGUUAUAUUUAGAUUUAUUGUCCAGAUCAUAUUACACUUCUUGCUUUCAAUGGACAACUCACAAACCUUAAAAAUUAGCCACGCAAUUCUUUCCUUCAAUCCAGUAUUAUCAUGAGUCUCUUCAAAUGAGAGAUUUGUAAAUUCCUUAGUCUCUGCUCUGAAUUACUACUGUCUUAUUUCAGGGUCUGUUUAGGAAACUCUGCAAAAAUGCCCACUGCAGGAUUUAUGAAAUAGCAGCCUGAAAUUCUGAGAUUUAGCACUUGAGGCAUUCUAUAAUUCCACUAUGCCUGUAGUGGUCCAGUUCAGGGAUACUGCAAUCAAAGGGUAGGCUGUAGAAUUAAACACAGAUUACCAACACAGAUUUCCAGUAUUUACUUACAAAUAUAUACUCAGGAUGCCCCUAACUGGAUUAUGAUAACUCAGGGCUCUAAUUGCUGUAAAAUAUAAUGCAUUGAAUGUACCAGCAUAAAGAUUCCAGUGUCUGGAUGGUAGGAACAUAAUGAUUUCAAUAACCAUCAGGUUAGCAUGCUGUAAAGAACCUACAUGACCUGGAACCUAUGCAGAAUGUAUGGUAAGAUGUCAUCUUCUAACUAAAGACAACAUAACCCAGUAUUAUUAAGAUUUCCAGCAGCAAUAAAAUAUUGCCCAUAGCACAUGAAUUAAUAAAUGGGAAAGUUUUAUAUUCUGAUGUAUAUUGGAACAUUUAGUGAAGAAUAGCACUCAGAAUGUUUUGAAGUUGGUCACAUUCCUACCCUGUGGACUGAUGGCAUUACUAAUUGAUUAUCAGCCAGGCUACUCCUAUUAGUUGUUAAUCUCAUGGGGUUAAAACUCCGAACCAUUUCCCACCAGUAAGCCUGGUCAGCACAAAAACUCACAGUAAAGAAUAAAUAACAUAAAUUUGAAGGAUGUAAACUAUCACAUCUGAAGCUUCCAGCUGUUUGACAAGGGGCCCAUUACCAUUGAAUAUCUUAAAAUAUGCUGUUACUUCAAGGGUUUAUUGAGGUCUUUAUGCUGGGUGGAUGCACAAAUAUAAUGUAAACCAGGCACACAGACAUCAUAGCACUAUUAAGCAUUAUUACUGGUUAUGAUGAAGAAAAUAUUUCACAUUGGAAUUCAGAAAAAGAGCUCAUUCAUCAAUAUUUCCUAUGUCAAGGCACUGUAGUAUGUGGCUGCCUAUUUUCCAGAGGAUAAGCUCCUGUAUAUAACACUGAGAGCACGGGUAACUCCAGGCAAAUUCAAACAGAGCAAGCCUUCUCAGAAUCUGACCUUUCUGUUGCAACCCAUAACCACCACAUCUCAUUCAUUCCAUGUCCAGAGAUCUUUCUUCACCGUGAAACUUACAUAUGGAGUCAAAAAUAACAGUGUAGGACAUCACCAAAUUUGAAAAGAUAAAGGAGACUAUUAGACAGCGACUAAUGAAUGCCAAACCUGGGUUUUCAAAGCCUGAAGGCGCAGCAGAGGACAGACAGAGGAGAAAUGAAUGCUGAGACCUUAGGAAACAAUGGGUGUCCAAGCAAUAAGUCUCAAUUUUAAACCGAGGAAGAAGGCUGUUUGCCAAAAUUAUUGAUUUUUCAUAAAAAAUGUGCAUCACUUAAAGCCAGUAGCAUGGCAAAUGUGGAUCAUAUUUCUCCUGAGGACUUUUGUAUCUAUAAAAGUGAAUUGUUUGUGGUUUAUUAUAGAUCUAGUUUUAACUUAAAAGGUUACUUUUAAGUAUAGAAUUAGCCAUUUUUAUAUGAAGAGUUUAGAUAUCUUUGCCUACAUAGGACUUUGAUUCAGCCAUAAAUUGUGUUGGGAAAUUAGUAAUGUAGCUUAAUCUAAAGCCUCUAAGACUGUAAAUAUCGAAUAAAGUUAUUGCAUUUAAUCUCA